AUGAAGUAUGGACACGAGCCCCUGGCCCUGAUGUUCCGGGAGUAUCAGCAGGAUUGGGCCGAGUCUGACGACCAGCUCAAUGAGGCGAACUACCAGCUGCUUGUGGAGCGGUUGCGCAGCUACCUGCACGAAGGAAGCUCCGAGCUGAUUCGGGCGGAUCUGAUCCUCUGCACACGGCCUUUUCUCUUCUGCUGGCUGCUGCGGACUCUCUGGCCCGAGCCAUAUACCCAACUGCCCAUGCUCCACUACUACAGCGGCCCCCUGCUUUUUGACACCACGCCGUCCCAGAUGGACGUCGUCCUACAGGCUUUCCGGCAGACCGUGCUGUCUUCCACAUUGGAUCUGGUGGUCUCAUCCUCUGCGUUGCAAAGCGCCUGGAUGCUGGCGAUGGCCACUUGUCUGGGGGCAGACUUUUGA